AUGAAAUCCGUUGUUGUUCUUCAUCAUCUCCUCUGUCUCCUUCUCCUAUUUUCACAUCUAAAAUCCGUUUCUUCGUGGAAAAAAGAAGAAUUCAGGAACUGUGAUCAAACCCCUUUCUGCAAAAGAGCUAGAUCACGAAAACCCCAACACUGUAAACUCACUGCCACCGAUGUAGUAGUAGACAACGGAGAUCUAACUGCAAAACUCAUAACCCCGAACAACUUUCAACAAAACCUUGAUGAAGAUUCAUCAGAAAUCGCAUCAAAACCCCUAAUCCUUUCUUUAUCUGUUUAUCAGAAUGGAAUUUUGCGGUUGAAGAUUGACGAAGACCCAUCUCAAAAUCCACCAAAAAAACGUUUUGAAGUGCCUGAUGUUGUUCUCCCUGAGUUCGAAAGCAAAAAACUUUGGUUACAGCGGCAUACUAAAGAGGUAAUUAAUGGGGAUUCUGCUGAAUCGUUCGUUGUUUAUUUGUUUGAUGGAUAUGAAGCUGUUAUUAGAAGCGAUCCAUUUGAGGUUUUUGUUAGGGAACAAGGUAGUGGUAACCGUGUAUUGUCCUUCAACACUCACGGAUUGUUUGAUUUUGAGCAAUUAAGGGUUAAAAAAGAAGGGGACAAUUGGGAAGAAAGGUUUAGAAGUCACACCGAUUCUCGCCCAUAUGGCCCACAAUCCAUCAGCUUCGAUAUGUCAUUCUAUGGUGCUGACUUCGUUUAUGGUAUCCCUGAACACGCCACUACCCUUUCUCUAAAACCCACAAAUGGACCUGGUGUUGAACAAUCUGAACCUUACAGAUUAUUCAAUCUAGAUGUUUUCGAGUAUAUAACCGAUUCACCAUUCGGUCUCUAUGGUUCAAUACCCUUUAUGCUUUCACACGGGAAAUCACACGGGACUUCAGGGUUCUUCUGGUUAAACGCAGCUGAAAUGCAAAUUGACGUUCUUGCCCCUGGUUGGGAUGCAGAAUCCUCCAUUUCCUUACCCUCCGACCAGAAAAGAAUCGACACAUUAUGGAUGUCAGAAGCCGGAAUCAUCGAUUCCUUCUUUUUCAUUGGACCAAAACCGAAAGAUGUAGCCAAACAAUACGCAAGUGUAACAGGAACAUCAGCAAUGCCUCAGUUAUUUGCAACAGGAUAUCAUCAAUGCAGAUGGAAUUACAGAGAUGAAGAAGAUGUCAAGAAUGUAGAUUCAAAAUUCGAUGAACAUGAUAUCCCAUAUGAUGUUUUAUGGCUUGACAUUGAGCAUACGAAUGGGAAACGAUACUUCACAUGGGACAGAGUUCUUUUUCCAAACCCUGAAGAAAUGCAAAAAGAUUUGGCUUCAAGAGGUAGGAAAAUGGUGACGAUUGUGGACCCACAUAUAAAGAGAGAUGAAGGGUAUCAUAUACAUAAAGAGGCUUCUAAGAAUGGAUAUUAUGUGAAGGAUGCAACAGAGUAUAGUGGUUCAACUCCUUCAUUGUAUAUUUGGAAUGAUAUGAAUGAGCCUUCUGUGUUUAAUGGACCUGAGGUGACAAUGCCUCGAGAUGCUUUACAUUAUGGGAAUAUUGAGCACAGAGAGUUGCAUAAUGCAUAUGGUUACUAUUUCCAUAUGGCUACAUCUGAUGGACUUUUGAAACGUGAAGGAGGAAAAGAUAGACCUUUUGUUUUAUCAAGAGCAUUUUUUCCUGGGACCCAGAGAUAUGGGACUGUUUGGACAGGGGAUAACACUGCAGAAUGGGAACAGCUUCGGGUUUCUGUUCCAAUGAUUUUGACACUUGGCAUUACAGGGAUAACAUUCUCAGGUGCUGAUGUUGGAGGGUUUUUUGGUAAUCCUGACACCGAGUUACUUGUUCGUUGGUAUCAAGUGGCAGCUUAUUUGCCCUUUUUUAGAGGACAUGCACAUCAUGAUACAAAAAGAAGAGAACCUUGGUUAUUCGGGGAUCGGAAUACCGAAUUGAUGAGGGAGGCUAUACGUGUAAGAUACACAUUGCUCCCGUAUUUCUACACUCUUUUUAGAGAAGCAAACGUGAGUGGGGUCCCUGUUGUUCGUCCUCUUUGGAUGGAAUUUCCCAAUGAUGAAGCCACUUUCAAUAAUGAUGAGGCGUUCAUGGUCGGAAACGCCCUUCUAGUUCAAGGAAUUUACACCGAGAAUGCAAAAGAUGCAAGUGUUUAUCUACCAGGGGAUGAAACUUGGUAUGAUCUUAGAAGUGGAACUGCAUAUAAAGGAGGAAAGACUCAAAAGGUGGAAGCAUCGGGUGCGAUUCCGGUGUUUCAAAGGUCCGGAACCAUAAUUCCAAGGAAAGACCGAUUCCGUAGAAGCACAGUACAAAUGGAGAAUGAUCCUUACACUCUGGUGAUUGCUCUUGAUAGUUCAGGAGAGGCUGAAGGUGAGCUUUACAUUGAUGAUGGAAAGAGCUACGACUUCAAAAACGGUGCAUACAUUCAUCGCCGUUUUCUAUUCUCCAAUGGGAAACUUACAUCUGUAAACUUAGCCACGUCAGCAUCAGUGGGGCCCACGUUCUUGUCUGAUUGCACCAUUGAAAGGAUCAUAUUGCUUGGGCAGACAUCCAAACCGAAAAGUGCGCGUAUUGAGCCGGCUAACCGUGUGACAGAGGUCGAACUUGGUCCGAUACAGACUCGAACCGGGGUUCGACCAUCGGUUCUGACCAUCCGUAAACCUAAUGUGAAAGUUUCGGAGGAUUGGAGUAUACAGCUUUUCUUAAAAAAAGGUACUUCAAAUGGCCGAGGGAAGGCGAAGGCAUGA